GCGCGUGCGAGUUCCUGCAUAACGUGAUCCCUUAACUGAGCGAUAGCCACCGUCGCCGCCGUCAUCGCUUCAGCGCAAGUUUCAGCUGCUCUAACGCUGCGGUAUCCCUUCCUGCCAAAGUUAAAGGCCCUCGGAGAGAAUGGCGGCCAACACCAAGGACCUAGUCGCUGCGAUCAAAGUCGCCCUGCCCCUCAUCACCGAUGACCGCAUGCUAUUCCUGAUGCAAGAACUUGGAGCCAAGGGCGUGCGAUGCAAGGCGGAUAUGAAGAAAUUGAAGGCCGUCGACCUUGUCAAUGCACUGGGGACAAAUGACGCCAAGAGACUUGUUGCAUUUUUUAGGACUCCGGAACUCCCAGAUGAGAUCAUCACCGAUGGCGCAAGGUUUAUGGACACCAGGGAGCCUGCGGGAAGUGCAGAGAUAGAGGAGAUGUUCCAGAACGCAAGCGCACAGGUGGCGUCUGAAUACCGACAGCUGGCCGCCACUCUGGACAUGGAGCAGGCGAAGAGGCAGGAAGUUCACGAAGCCACUACGCAUGACAUCGCCUUAAGCGCGUCGCGCCAUGCCGAGGAGCAUCGAGACAAAAUGGAGCAGCUGCAAGCAGAGCGGGAGGCCGCAUUACGUGAACACGAGGAGAGGUUGCAACGCAUGCGCGAAGAAUGCAAGCUGCGCGCCCAGAAACGCGAGCAAGAGGAGGGUGAACACCUCGAAGACUUGGAACGGCUGCAGAGGGAGCGUCAACGGCCGUCCAUAGGACGGCGCAUUGUCACUGGAGCUGCGAAUUUCGUGUGGAACAAGGUUACUGGAAGCCCGACUGGAGGUUCAAGCAGUCCGUAGAAUUUAUCACAGGACUUCAACGACGCUCCUCGCUCAGCAAACUAGAUGGGCUGCACAGUGGCUCAACAGUGACGUCCUCUUCUGCGCUUCUCCAAUUAUUAUUCGUGUGAAGUUCUGCUUAGUUUCAGCACAUUGUUUUUACGUGGGUUGCGAAUCAUGGAAUAAAUAAAGAUCCCAUAAUCAAGAGGCUGAAAAGACACCUAACGACU